UUUGGGUUUUAAGAGCCUGAAACGGCUCCCGUUUCAGCAACGUUUCAUAAUUUUACGUUUCUUCAACCGUUUCGCCUCCAUUUACAGUUCGUGACUCGGACAAAUGCUCGACUGGGCCAAAAGCCCAGUGAACUGGAAAACCGGCCCAUUUAGCGCCCGCAUCGGGAGGUCUGAACUCUGAAGCCUUCCGCUGGAUACUGGAUAGUAGGUGUUCUUCGCGCGCUCCGUCCGUCUUAGAAAUGUGAGCUAACCGGACGGCGAAGAGCUAGACGUAUGCUCCAAGAUUAGGGUUAGGGUUAAUGUUUCCUCCCUCCGAUCUUAAUCUCGAUUAGGAGCAAAAUUCAAACUUUGGUGGACGAUUCACUCGAAGAUGAAUCGAAGAGAUGUACGUCGAUCCUUGAUUCGGCGGCACCGGUACCAGCGCCGCCGACAAGUUGCCCGCAAAUCAGUUGUGACUUGUUCAAUUUCUCCGUCGUUAGCGAGAGUCUGCAAUCAGGUGCCUUCUCAAUUUCUAUCUCCUGCGGCGGAAAUCUCGUAUUCGAAUGGCGUUCACACUUGCUUUCCCGUAAAUCUAACCUGGGAAAUGGUCGCUAUCAAUCGCCCACCCGAAUCACUGACGCAUAACUAUGGCCCUCCACCCUCGGGUGGAAGAGUCCAUGUCAGGUACAGAUCUCGUGAGUCAGCGCUAACGGAUAGCGGUCCUCUGUUGGUACAAUUUUUUAUUACGCAGCAGCAGUCCGUAGAAACGUAAAAGUCAUGGACACUUAGGCAUGGAUAUGGAAAUUUGGUGCGCCGUCGAUUGAUGUUAGGUAUCUGGAGGCAUUACAAAAUGGUGGACAAUUGAAUCAGAGUCUCUAAAUAGUCAAGCCUGCCACGGCAAAAACUUUUUUUUUUGUUUGGCCUUCAAUGAAGCUUCUCGGUAAUUUUGUACUUUUUGAUGGAUGGGUUUAUCAUUUAAUGAAGCUUAGGCUGGCGGCUGGUCGUGUGGAGGUAAUGAUUCACCACCAUGGACGUUGCAAUACUUGUUCUGCUUUCUCUGCUUCUUUUUUGCCAACAGACAUGCUCUGCCUUUCGUGCUGCCAUAGCUGCGAAUGAAUCCAUUGCCGAUGGAAGCCUGUUGAUCUCCAAAGGUGGUAAAUUUGCGCUGGGGUUCUUCAGUCCGGGCCGUUCCAGGGGCAGGUAUCUUGGAAUUUGGUACCACGAGAUACCAAACCGCACUGUGGUGUGGGUUGCAAAUAGAGACAAUCCAAUCAGUGGGACUUCAGGAGUUCUUUCGCUUAACGGAUAUUGCAGCCUUUUUCUGUAUAGUAACAGUAGCAGCAGGCUUCCAGCAUGGUCUGCUAAUGUUUUAGCGGGAUCAAAAGGUCCGUGCCUGGCUCAGUUACUUGAUUCAGGAAAUUUAGUGUUGAUGGAAGCUGGUACGAGUAAGAUGACUACUGUGUGGCAGAGCUUUGACAAUCCUACAGACACCUUUCUACCUGGCAUGAAAGUUGGUCUGAACCGGACAACAGGUGUAAGUCGCUUCUUGACAUCUUGGAGAUCAGACGACGACCCUGGCACAGGACAGUUCUCAUACAAGCUUAACUCAAGCGGCUCCCCACAGUUGUUUCUGUACCGAGUGGAACUAUCCUAUUCAUAUACUCCCGGGGAUGCUUCUGCUCUUAUGAGGGUGGUCAUUGAUUCUUCGGGUUUGUUGAAGUUCUUGGCAUGGGACCACAGUGAUGGUGAAUGGAAGAUAUUUUUUUCAUCACCUAAGCAGAUGUGUGAUUUCUAUGGGAGCUGUGGUCCUAAUGGCAAAUGUUAUUCUAGCAUUGUUUUCCCAUAUGAAUGUGCUUGUCUACCUGGGUAUGAACCGAGGUACCCUCGAAACUGGAAAUUAAGAGAUGGAUCGGGUGGCUGUGUAAGAAAGCGAUUAGAAUCAUCUUCUAUAUGUGGGAGCGGAGAAGGGUUUGUGAGAGUUGAAAAAGUGAAGAUUCCUGAUACUUCAGCAGCAGCUUGGAUGAACUUGAGCGUGAGUAAAUUGAAUUGUGAAGCAGAAUGCAGAAAUAACUGUUCAUGCUCUGCAUAUGCUACCUAUGAUAAUGGGAAAGGGACUUCCUGUUGGACAUGGCAUGGGGAGCUGAUGGAUACGGUGAACUUGCCAGUCGAUGCUUAUGAUCUAUAUGUUCGUGUUGAUGCUCAUCAAUUAGCUGAUUAUAUGAAGGAAUCCAAUAAAUUUCUUGAAUUCAAAUUGAAGUUGAAGUUGAGUAUCAUUGUACCGUCCGUUGUCUCAGUAUGGCUUGUCAUUAUCCUGUUGGCCUAUUUGUGGCUCAGGAAGUGGAAGAUGAGGAGGGUGAAGAACAGACGGAUCAGAGAUUUGUUUCAUUACAGUGAUGGUUCAACUUACUCGGAAGAUUCUUUGGCACCAAGAGAUUUCAAGCGAAGUACUAUCUACCCCGAGUUACCAUUUUUUAGCCUCAGCACAAUACAUGAAGCCACUGACAAUUUUUCUCCGGCAAACAAACUUGGACAUGGGGGUUCUAGCUUAGUCUACAAGGGGAAACUAUCAAAUGGACAAGAGGUUGCUGUCAAACGAUUGUCCAAGAAUUCAAGGCAGGGCAUAGAACAAUUUAAGAAUGAGGUACUAUUAAUUGCAAAGCUCCAACACAGGAACCUUGUGAAGCUUUAUGGUUGCUGCAUUGAGGAAGAUGAACAGAUGUUAGUUUAUGAAUACUUGCCGUAUAACAGUUUCGAUUCUCUUCUUUUCGUUGAUCAGAACAAAAGAUCAAUCUUGGACUGGAGGAAACGGUUUGAGAUCAUAACCGGUAUUGCACGUGGGAUCUUGUAUCUUCAUCAGGAUUCAAGGUUCAGAAUAAUUCAUCGAGAUUUAAAACCGAGCAAUAUCCUCCUUGAUGCUGAGUUGAAUCCCAAAAUUUCUGAUUUUGGGAUGGCUAGAAUGUUGGACAAGGAUCAGGUUGAAGGGAAGGAAAGUAGAAUUUGUGGAACUUUUGGAUACAUGUCACCCGAGUAUGCGGUGUUUGGAAGAUUUUCAGUGAAAUCCGAUGUCUUCAGCUUUGGCGUUAUCUUGCUGGAAACUGUAACUGGGAAGAAGAGCAAUGGGUUCCCAGAGGAGGAUGCUUCUUCGAGCUUGAUCGCCCAUGUGUGGGAGUUAUGGAAGGCAGACAGAGCCUGGGAAGUAAUCGAUUCAUCGCUCUCACUUAAAUGCUCGAAUGAGGCACUGAGAUGCAUCCAGAUCGGGUUGCUGUGUGUGGAAGAAAACGCAUCAGAUCGCCCCGAUAUGCUGGCUGUGGUUGUUAUGUUGAGCAGCAAAACAGCUCCUGUUCCCUUGCCUAAACAACCUGCAUUUGUUUGCGUGAGAUCCAAGGUACUAUUCCCAAAAGAAGCGACUUGCUCAGUAAAUGAGAUGUCAUUUUCGGGAAUCCAUAGUCGCUGAAGUCGCUCCUUAAUCCAAUGUUGAAGUUGUAAUUUCAAUGUGUAUACGUACUGCUUUGAAGUUUCUUCGAUUCUUUCACCCAGGUUUACUUUUGUAAAUGGAAAUUCCACUGUUUCUUCUUAAUUAACGUGAAUAUGUGAU